CAACAAUAAAAUGAACGCUCAACGCGCUAUAGUAAAUCGCUGCUCUUCUGUCGAGAUGCAUCAUUCGUACAGGAUAAGACUAGCGAGCUCGCGCGACUGCCUUCUUGCGCGCCAUUGUCCUUGCCGUCUUAACCUUUCUACGCGACCACGCUCACGUUAUGCAAUGAUACGACGUCUCUCAACAUCUUGAAACUACCGUCUUCCAAAUAACGGGACGUGUUCAGACGCAAGACCGUCUCUACGCAGGCGAACCACAUCCGGGUUCGCUCUGAACCACUAUUCUAUGAAGCUCUUCUACUGCAGCUUGUGGAGAAGUCACCGUUGAACGGUUUUGACUUCGUACUUUACACGCUGGCCCUCGUAACGCCAUGUACAGACAUCACGGGUUCGGCGGUCAUUACCAUCAAGCCAGUAUCCAUCCUCACGAGGAAGAGCGCGGUUCUCUCUCCCUUAUUCGACGUUCCUCGCCACCUACUGCACUUGAAUUAACUUCGAAAAUGGUUUACCUCGCCCAACUAUCGGUUCACCAGGACAAGUACCACUUCAAUGACUUGCUCGCAUUCUCCCUGGCCCCGUCACACUCAACGACCAGCGCACGAUUAGGUGUUCGAAGGUCGACAUCGGCUGUCGUAUUGGAACAAAGAGGCCGCCGGAGCGCAGACCGGGCAUACCCACGAUGCCGUUCCCGAGAUUCCUCUAUCAUCCUCGAUUUUGCGUUAUCUCCGGAACGUCUCCCGCAAUCUCCAUGUCCUGGAAACCAUGAACGAUGGAAAACCUUUCGACCGACUGGUUAUAGCGACAGCGUUCCAGUCUUCUUACUUCAUCUCAACCUUUGUUAGCCCACGACGGCGGGGUACUCUAUUCAGCUUCUGUCACCACAACGCCACUCCUGCCAUCGACUUCUUUUGUCCGACGGCGAGGGGUUCCGAACGUGCGAUGUGACGAUCAGGACUCGCCUCUAUGGCGUAUGUACCUAUCGCCCCAUCGGCCAACGCACCACACGUCGACCAGCCAGCCAAAGAUGCUGCCGUCGGCACUAUCGAGACACGCCUCUCCUCUACAUCUGCACCAGCUAGUCCCACCAAACACCACCUCCAAG